UUCUCCCCUUCUCUGUCCUCCCUCCUUCUCCAAGGAGCUCAGUCCUCUCAGCUGACUCGGCUUUGUCCAGCACUGUGAAGGACUUUCUAAAACUCUUUUGUAACCACUCACACAUCAUCGAGAAAACAGAUACACGGAACAGACAAAAAGAAGAAGAAUAGCAGCAAACAUGGAUAUUUUUAAAAGUGGAGUUUGAAAAUGUGAAUAUAUUUUUUACAUUUUUAUCUGGAUUAAGUUGAUGGAUAUCCAAGAAAUAGCUCUGCAACACCGGAGGAUUGAAGAUUUCCGUAACCUUACUACAACUCAGUGGAAGUUUACUGUUGGAGCAAAGCGUGAACAAUGUUAAGAAAACCCAGGAAAACAUCUUUAACAUUCCUCCAUGUAUAAACCGCUCAUUUCUCGAUGUCACCACUGAUGAAUCUAUCACAACAUUGGGCUCUUUAAGGAGAGGAGUGCUGAAAGAGUGACCGUGACCAAAGAUGUCUGAUCUCAGCCAAGUUGCAGUAUACUCAGACUCUUCAGAUAUUUACAAGAAUGUGUUCUGCAACCCUGCCUUUGAGCUGGAGGGUGAGCGAGAGGAGAGGGUGGAAGGAUUCAGGACGUCCUCGUCCACCCCUGAACCAAUCAAACCACCAGCAGCUAGUCCAGGCUGGGGUCUGUUCAGGGUGUGUGUGAUGCGUCUGCGAGGCCCUGGCUGUGGCUGGGGGGUGGUGGUGGUCUCUGCUGCUACCCUGCUGCUGUUGGCAGCACUCGGACUGGCGCUGGCUCUCAUCCUCACACAGAUAAAAGACCAGGCAGUGGAGGAUCAGCUGCUCUCCACCAGCACUUCAGACCUGCCACAUGCAGGAGAUGGAGCGUCCCAAACUUUACCCACAGUCUCUGCUAACAGAAGUCACCAAGGCAGCACAACAGCCCCACAGCCCGCUAGGAUCCCACCUACUGAAACACGUUGUGGAGGGGUGUUAACUGAUGCAGAAGGCAGCUUCAGUUCUCCAAACCACCCAGGCUCCUACGCCCCAAACUUGUUGUGUGUGUGGGUGAUCCGUGUCCCAACCCCCUCCGUGGUCCAGAUCCAUGUGUCCUCUCUGACUGUAGAGGGGCCGUCUCCCUGUCUGUUCGACUGGCUCGAGGUGCAGCAGCAGAUAGAACAGAGCUCUGUGGUCACCAGGUUUUGUGGUAAUGUAGCACCUCCGACGGUCAACACAAACAGCAGCACAGUGUGGGUCACUUUCCGCUCUGAUGGCAGCAUCGCAGGCAGCGGCUUCACUGCACAAUACAGAGCCAUACUGCCUGGACAGAAGAGCUGCUCUAGAGAAGAGUUUAUGUGUGAUGGUGGUCGCUGUCUGCUGCCUGUGUCUGUGUGUGACGGUCAUCCAAACUGCCACGACCAAACAGAUGAAGCAAACUGCAGCCAUAAACACAAAGACUGCGGUGGGCAGAAAACAGGGCCCUAUGGAUAUAUGUCGAGUCCAAACCACCCCAGGCCUUACCCUCACCAGCAGUUGUGCAUGUGGUAUAUAUCUGUUGAGGAGGGUCACGUUAUCACGCUGAGCUUCAGGAACUUUAGCCUGGAGACUCAGGAUGUGUGUGAGUUUGACUACGUUGAGGUGCACGACAGCAUCAACACUGGAGCUGGAAGAGUCCUGGGGAGGUUUUGUGGUACCACCUUCCCUCCAGACCUGACCUCCUCCGGCCCCCACAUGACCGUGGUGUUUGUGGCUGAUGAGGGAGUGGCUGACAGCGGCUUCAACGCCACAUACCAGGCUGUGUCUGUCCUGGACAGGGAGUGUCUUCAGCAGCAGUGGCUGUGCGAUGGCUGGAACGACUGCCCUGACGGAGCAGACGAGCUGGGCUGUGGUAACUCCACCUACCCGCCCUUCACUUCGUCGUGUGAGUUGAUAGAGGUUGAGAUGUGUCAAGGCCUCAGCUACAACCUCACCUCAUUCCCAAACAUCUGGCUGUCGAUUGCUGAUCAGAGAGAAGCCGCCACUCUCCUGCGACAGUACCGGGUGCUGAUGGAGCUGGCGUGCUUCGAGCCCUUGCGGAGGUUGUUGUGUGGGAUGUUUCUGCCCCAGUGCAGCCCUCAGGGUGGUGUCCUCCAGCCCUGCCGCUCAGUCUGCUCCUCUGCUGAGAAGCAAUGCAGCCAAGCCCUGGAUCUCUUCUCCUUCAGCUGGCCCUUCAACUGCCACCUCCUGCCAGACUCACAGGACCCCGUGGAGUGCUCGCUGCCUUGAUGCUUCCAGAGCUAGAAGAGUAGAUCACCUCCAAAGCCCGUACACUUCAGACAUUUCACAGAUUUGCAGCGGUAUGAGGACUGAAACACCUGCAUUUUACAGAACUUGAGACAUUUUCUGGACUCAAACAAGCAGCUCCAAGAGCAGUGUUGUAGAAAGCAGUUCGACUUGUAGCAUGACUCCACCUUGUUACUCACUGCGGCCUUUAAAGUACAGCACAGUAGCGAUUUUAAAAGACA